AUCUAAGUAUCAUAAAAACUUUGCCCAGAAUUUUCAUGUAAUUACAUUACAGAUUUGAAAUUAAAUUAAAAUCUCACGCAGCUCCGAUCCCAAUUUCUAGGGUUUACAUUUUCUCUUCACUCGCAUUCAUACAUGCGUAUGCGUGGAAUCAAGGAUGUAUAGUAACUUCAAGGAACAAGCGAUUGAGUACGUAAGGCAAGCAGUUCAGGAAGACAAUGCGGGGAACUACGCCAAGGCAUUUCCGCUCUACAUGAAUGCAUUGGAAUACUUCAAGACUCACCUCAAGUACGAGAAGAACCCUAAGAUCAAGGAGGCGAUCACCCAGAAGUUCACCGAGUACUUGCGCCGCGCCGAGGAAAUCCGAGCGGUGCUUGACGAGGGCGGAACGGGGCCCGGUUCCAACGGAGGGGAUGCGGCCGUGGCUGCCAAGCCCAAGUCCAAGCCCAAGGAUGGGGGGGAGGACGGGGAGGAUCCCGAUCAGGCUAAGCUUCGGGCUGGAUUGAAUUCCGCGAUCGUUAGGGAGAAGCCUAAUGUGAAGUGGAGUGAUGUUGCUGGGCUCGAGAGCGCCAAGCAGGCCUUGCAGGAGGCCGUGAUUUUGCCUGUCAAGUUUCCACAGUUUUUCACCGGCAAAAGACGGCCAUGGAGAGCUUUUCUUUUAUAUGGUCCUCCUGGAACAGGGAAGUCCUAUUUAGCCAAGGCUGUUGCUACUGAAGCAGAGUCCACUUUUUUCAGUGUAUCAUCAUCAGACCUUGUUUCAAAGUGGAUGGGAGAAAGUGAAAAGCUUGUCUCUAACCUUCUCCAAAUGGCUCGCGAAAGUGCUCCUUCCAUUAUAUUCAUAGAUGAAAUAGAUUCCUUGUGUGGACAGCGUGGGGAAGGAAAUGAGAGUGAAGCUUCCAGACGUAUUAAAACAGAACUACUUGUGCAGAUGCAGGGGGUUGGUCAUAAUGAUGAUAAAGUGCUUGUACUUGCAGCCACAAAUACUCCAUAUGCUCUUGAUCAGGCAAUCCGACGACGAUUUGAUAAAAGGAUAUACAUUCCACUCCCAGAUGUGAAGGCACGGCAACACAUGUUCAAGGUUCAUUUAGGAGACACCCCCCACAAUUUGAGCGAAAGUGACUUUGAGGAUUUGGGUUAUAAAACAGAAGGUUUUUCUGGUUCAGAUAUAUCUGUUUGUGUUAAGGAUGUCCUCUUUGAACCUGUACGCAAAACCCAAGAUGCUAUGUUCUUCCUUAAGACUCCUAAUGAUACAUGGAUGCCAUGUGGACCAAAGCAUCCAGGUGCAGUCCAGACAACUAUGCAGGAGCUUGCUGCAAAAGGACUCGCCUCAAAGAUCAUUCCCCCACCCAUCACGAAGACAGAUUUUGACAAGGUGCUUGCACGUCAAAGACCAACUGUGAGCAAAGCGGAUCUUGAUGUGCAUGAGAGAUUUACAAAAGAGUUUGGAGAGGAGGGUUGAGGAGCUGGCAUAUAUAACUAUUUGCAGGCUGGAUCUCAUGUAUGUUGUAUGGCUUUCUAUUUUCUUCAAAGAAGUAAGACUCAUGGAAUGAAAAAUAUUCAUGAAUUGCAGUUUGGUUCCACUCUUUUGCAAAUAUGUUUAUUCUCACCUUUAUACA